GCAGUUGUUCUGCUUCUGGAGUGAAACUGGAUCUUUAGACCGUGAGACAAUGGAAGUUUGUACAACAGGAUUUUAGCUUUAUAAACUCGGAAUCAACUCGGAAUCUCAUUUGUUUCGACUGGAAGAAGGAGAUCGAAAAUAAACCCCAACAUUUGCGAGUUUUAAUCGUGUAUUUUUUUUUUGUUACAGUCAAGUCUGCGAUUGACUUUAUUUACUUUGGACUUCAGGAUGCCUCAGACGACACCGUUCGCGGUUCCUCAGAACCCGUACGGAGGAGGUCAUACUCGUUACAAACCUGUAGAGGAGAGCUACGAAGGGCUGAGGUAUCACAACAACAACCUGGUAUCCGGAUCACUCGAGGCUCUCAUACAGCACCUCGUCCCCACUGUGGACUAUUCACCUGAUAGGUCGUACAUCUUCACCUUCCUGCUGAGCUCACGUCUCUUCCUGCAUCCGUUUGAUCUCAUGUCCAGGGUGUGUUACCUGUGUGUGGAGCAUCACCGAGUCGGAGACCCUCAGAUCGAUAAGAAGCGAAUCCGAGACAUCGCACCAAAGAUCGUGCAGCUCCUGACGGAGUGGACGGAGACGUUUCCGUACGAUUUCCGGGAGGAGCGAAUGAUGCGCAGCCUGAAGGAGAUGACGCACCGACUGGCGUUCGGGGAUGAGUUGUCUCGGAGAGCGAUGCAGCGUCUGAUCCAGCGACUUCUGCGCAAACUCACCAUCCUGGGACAGUACGAGGAGUCUCUGGUGACGUCCAGCACGCCGGUCACGGCGUCACCGUCCACGUCCUCGUCCUCGUCCGCAGGGGACAAGUCGUCCGCUCUGAAGGCGAAGCAGCACGUGCGGAGGGAGGAGUGUAUCCUGAACGUGUGUGACGACCCGUUCAUCCUCGCUCAGCAGCUCACACACAUCGAAAUGGAGAAACUGGACUACAUCGGCCCCGAGGAGUUCGUCCAGGCGUUCGUUCAGAAACGACCUGCCGAUAAUCACAAGAGUUUUUUCGGUAAAAGGAGAGUCAGUAAUCUGGAAGCCUACGUGGAGUGGUUCAAUCGGCUCAGUUACCUGGUGGCCACAGAAAUCUGCUUGCCGGUGAAGAAGAAGCACAGAGCUCGAGUGUUGGAGUUUUUCAUCGACGUGGCUCGGGAAUGCUUCAACAUCGGCAACUUUAACUCCUUAAUGGCUAUAAUCACUGGGAUGAACAUGAGCCCCGUGUCCAGGCUGAAGAAAACAUGGGGCAAAGUCAACACGGACAAGUUCGACAUCCUGGAGCAUCAAAUGGAUCCGUCCAAUAACUUCUACAGCUACCGUACUGCACUGAGAGGAGCCACUCAGAGAUCAGCUACGGCUCACACCACCAGAGAAAAGAUCGUUAUUCCAUUCUUCAGCUUGUUCAUUAAGGAUAUCUACUUCCUUAAUGAGGGCUGCGUCAGUCGACUGCCUAAUGGACACAUCAACUUUGAGAAAUUCUGGGAACUGGCGAGGCAGGUGAACGAGUUUCUGGCCUGGAGGCAGGUGAUCUGUCCAUUUGAGAGAGACAGAAAAACUCUGCAGUACCUCAUCGGCGUGUCCGUCUUCACAGAUGACGAGCUGCAGUUGGCCUCCUACGAGAGCGAAGGACCAGAGAACAACCUGGAGAGAGACACACGCCGAUCCCUCAGGUCGUCUCUCAGCAGGAUGUAGGCGCCGAAGUCCGGGAGCUUCAGGAGAGUCGGUCCUGACCGAAACGAAAAAGCGAUACACUGCACAAAGCGUUUUGUUUAUAUGAAGAAUUUCCGUAUCGUAUUUUUCUCCGAAACGAAUGACGAGACUGGAUUCUCAUCACAGCUCCGGAGUAGAGAAAAGUGUUCAUCUCAUCUCAUGUACCUCAUGUCACACAGCUUGUGUAAGCUUAGUAAUGUGUUAUAAGUGUUAUAACCUCAUGUAUAAAUGAAGAGCCUGUCGCUGGCUGACCUCUUCUGUUACAACCGUAAGCUGUAAAAUGUAUUUCUAUGUUUUAUAUGACAUUUUAGUGUUUUUCUAUGGACUUAGUGGCCGUGUGUAUAUAAUCUGAACAUCGACUUAUAAAGAAGCUCUAAACAUA